AUGGGCGUGGGCCGUCGGUCGCCUAGUAUGCAGCUCGGCGGGCGAGGCAGGUCGUGGCCGAGGGCGAGCCUCCGGCUUCGGCCUGAACCAGGCAUGCCCUCGAAAGCGGGGUUCGGAGGGGCGGAGGUGGGUGGUUUGUGUGGGCCGUGCAUGGGGGUGGCCGGGGUGGCGAGGGCGAGCCACGUGUCCCCUCCCGAGGGGCCAGCGAUGUUGACGAGGAUCGUGUUGGACCUGGACGAAACCCUAGUCUGCGCGUACAACGCGGAGGACGUGCCGGAAUCCGUCCGUCAAGCAUCCGCCGCCAGCGGCGUCAGUAGCUUCGAGCUCGAAUGCUUCACAGCGGACCUCGACGCGAGCGGGGAACCGGAGAGGGCGCAGGUGAUGGUGUUCGAACGGCCGGGGCUGCGGGAGUUUCUCAGACGCGCUAGUCGCCUGGGCGAGCUCGUGCUCUUCACUGCUGGGCUGGAAGGCUACGCUCGGCCGCUAGUGGACAGAAUCGAUCCCGAUGGGCUCAUCUCAGCUCGCCUCUACCGUUCCGCCACCGUCUCCAUAGGCACAAGGCAGCACGUGAAGGACCUGGCAGGGUUGGGGCGAGAUUUGCGCCGCACAGUGAUCAUAGACAACAACCCCUUCGCCUUCCUGUUGCAACCAGUCAACGGCGUGCCGUGUGUGCCUUUUUUCGGGGGCGAGGGGUCAGACAGACAGUUGCUGCAAGUGCUGCUGCCACUGCUCGAGACCCUGUCGCUGCAACCAGACGUGCGCCCGUUCCUCUCCUCGCACUUCCGCAUGCCCCUGUGGCUGCGAGCACAUGGGGUGCCGGUGGUUGACCACCACCCAACGUAG